GUUCGCCGUGUCGCACGCUAUCGCUCGCCUGCAUCGUCCUUUCGAAUAUGUUUUCGGGCGGCUCGCGGCACCGUCUAUUGCGAUAGGCAUAUCCCUAACACCAUGGUUAAGCCCCCCGAGAGCGAGAAGGCGGCGCGCUACAUCGCCCAGCUGGACGAUGCACGAUGCGCCGGCCGCUGGAAAGACGUUCCCGAGCUGUGCAGGAAGGUUGAGAAGCAUGCGCCGCACCGUCGCUGCCUCGCCCUGACGGCGCGAUCCGAAGCGCAGGUCGCCGCAUACAGCACCCAGCGACCGCCGACUGCCGCGUCGACCGCGUCGCUCGGCCUGUCCAAGCUCAUCCCGUCGCUGCUCACGGCGAUCGACGAGGAGGGCGAAUACGCGCAAGACGCCUUCCACGCGACCAUCUGUCUGGGCUGGCUGCACUACGUGCUGGAAGAGCCGGGGCUGGCGAUUGCGCGGCUGCCGGGCGACCUUGCGGCAGUCGCGACCACGACGAAGGAAGCGACGCUGAGCGGCUGGUCGCGCGUCUGCAUCGUCAAGGGCGCCUUCCUCAAGGGCUCCGCCCAGGAAAAGACGGGCGCGAUCGAGGCCGCGAUCCCCUCGUACGCCUCCAUCCUCCCGUGGCUGGCCUCCAGGCCCAUCGCGACCGAGACCCCGCAGUUCAGGAUGUGGACCGAACACCUGCUUGUGCGCCUGUGCUAUCUCUCCGACCAGUCUGCCGAGACGGGCGAAUACACAGAACCCGCAGACGCUCUCCAGGCCUACCGCUUCUGGGCCAGGUACUGGGAGAGCACGGCGAAGAGCGGUGGGAGCGAGGGGCAGGCUGCUGCCAGAUACCGACGCUUAGCAUGGAAGGCCUAUUACGACACCCUGUCCGCCAUUCUCCGACGCGACCUGCCGUAUCAACCCGACUCCACAGACGCGGAACACGGCGCUAGCAUCCCUACCGAAAAGUCCCCCAGCGUCCCCAGCGCACGACUCCAGCAGCGGGCGGAGCUGAAAAAGGUCGAGGCCAUAUAUGGGAGCCUCUUGCUAAAGGAGACCCACUUCCCCAAGGCCAGUGAGACCAAUCGGGAGAUCGAAGAAUGGGCAGACGCGGUCAUGGACAAUUGGCGAGUUCUGUGCGGCCCGACCUGGACCAACGAAGAUCUUGGCGAGGGCGGAAAACAAGGGGUGGGUAGAGGGGUGUUAGAUAUACUUUACAAUGCAGCGAUGAAGACUUUCCACUCGACAAAAAUACUACGCCAUCUCUUCGUCGUACAUGCAUCUCUUGCGGACUUUGAUUUAGCAUUCAAAGCCUACGAUUCGUACGUGGAGAUCAUAACGCACGGCAAAGACCGGGCUGAGAAAUCCGGAGAAGAAGACGUGGCAAUGGAUGACGACAGUACCAUUCUGCGAACUUCAGCUGAAGCUAUCAGGAUCCUCUGUCGUUUUGGUUCUAGGAAAGAAGCGGAGAAGGCGGUCGAAAUAGGUCAACACAUCGAGAAGUGGCUGGAGCAGACUGAACACAUGAAGUCCUCCACGUCCGAGGCGGGCUCACUGCAAUCGGUCGACACAUUCGUCGACCCUAAAGCCCUUGCAAUCGCCUAUUCGGCGAUGGGUAUCAGUCAAGCUCACUGGGCGCACUUCACGUACGAUGCCGAUGCCCGAGCCGGCAUUCAGGCCAAAGCCGUCCAAUACCUCCGCAGGUCUCUCGCUCCGAAACUAGAGCAUACGAAUAGCAUUGAGGCGCUGUAUGCGCUCGCGCUAUUGCUCGCUGAGACUCGAGACAUUCCCGGAGCUAUUAAGGUUGUCAAACGGGCUCUUUCCUCGGCGACGAAGCACAAUUCUUCUAUAAGUACCGACGGUGUGAUUUCCGCGGGACUAACGACCGAGUUCGGGCGGGAACGGAAACUUAUCGCCCUAUGGCAUAUGCUCGCCUUGCUCCUUACCUCACGGUCCGAAUACUCGGCUGCGGAAAGGGCCUGCGAAGCUGCAUUUGAGCAGUUUGGAGAUCCGUCAAUACUCUUCGGCAAAGACGAUACGGAUGCCUAUCGGAGCGAACAUUUGAACGAAGCCAGCGGAAAGAACGAGAAAACCCCCGGCCUAGUGGACCAUAUGGAGAGCUUUGAGAAAAGUGGUAUCCUUCAAGUUAGGAUGACACAAUUGGCUUUGGUGGAAGUUAUGGACGGGCCCGCUGCCGCAGUGGACAGCUCUGAUGAGCUUCUUGCUCUCUACGCUAGGUUAUUCAGCGAUCCAGCCGCAGAGCAAGCCAAGCCGAAGCCGAAGCCGGCUGCUGCGUUAUGGCCUCCGAAAAGCGCCAUCGGUACUAUUCGAGGAAGCAUCUUCCGUUCGAAAGGUUCCAUGAAGAGUCCGCCAAAAGGCACCAGAGCCCGCGGUUCUUCGGUUACAAGCUCGAGACCAUCUACAAUAGCCACACAAACAACGGCUGCGCCAGCCAUCCAGGUCACAGACGAAGAUGCUGCCGGACAUGCCAACGGUCACCACCAUCAUUUACUCCAUCACAAACACCACGAGGAAAGACCGGGUGUUCAGCGAAGUCCUAGUAAGCUUCAGAAACGGAGUGCAAAUAGUCUGCACAGAAGGUCGGAGUCGGAAGCUGCGCACACACCCGAAGUGCCUCAGCUUCCCGACGGUGUCGCUAAUGGUACGCCUGCUCGUAACAGCACAGUCCGCAGCAAAUCUCCACGGCGGCCAUCUAUGUCUAGCUCGCUCAGGAAAUCCAUGGAAAGUCACGAAAGGCCACUACGAUCCAUAGCGCACAACAUGUCGCAUGCCUCUGAACCUCCUCCUUCUGGUCACCCCCAUCAACCACCUAAACAGGAUCUACGCUUGCCUGCGCCUUUCCCAAGUCCAGACUACAUUUCUCCUGAUCCUCAUUUCUCUAAAAUCCAAGGCCGCCGACAGAAGGUCACGUUACUCGUGUCAAUAUGGAUAUUCAUUUCUGGACUUUACUCUCGGGCCGAAAUGUACGAUGAUGCACAGGAGGCUAUUAACGAAGCUUUCAAGCUUGUGCAAACCUUCGAAGCAGAGGUAGCUCAAGAAUCCUCAACCAGCAGGGCGUUCGCCGACAGAGGGUGGGGAGGAGGAAAGAGUAUCGAGGAGCUUUGGGCUGAUGUCUUUACUAUGCGAGGAGAGCUACUGCUGGCUCAAGGACUGAAACAUGGAGCACGAGCAGAUUUCGAACGAGCUGUUCAGCAUUUGCCAAACCAUCCCGAAGCUAUUGUCGGGCUCUCCAAUAUUUUGCUCGACAUAUACUGCAAAGUCAUCCCUCUAGAACCAUCUAGUACUACCGUCGCAACGCCCUCCUCACCGCCCACGGUACCUUCCGUAUCCGACGCUAGCUCUGGCACAAGACAACAGCAUCUUACUUCGCAUACCCCGUCUGCCGAGAACCAGCUAUCGCCCCCGGUGCUCAACCGCCUUGCAGCACGAGAUCGCGCAUACGGACUCCUUUCGACCCUAACGAAGCUUGGCGCCGGCUGGGACUAUUCAGAGGCCUGGUAUGCGCUCGCGAGAGCUUAUGAGGAGAGCGGUCAGAUUGAAAAGACGAAGGAGGUUCUUUGGUGGUGCGUCGAGCUUGAGGACACUCAUCCCGUGCGGAGUUGGAGAAAUGUCACCUUGGGCGGCUUUGUGCUGUAGAGUGUGUAAAAAGGCGAGCAAGUUUUUCGAUAACUUCUGAUACCCACGGAGAGCGUGUUUGGAGGCAGGGAGAUACGCGGCUUGGAUAUGUACAUGCGGUCGGAUAGAUAGCUAAGGCCAAAACAUUCGUCUAUGUUAUACUCUGGCGUACAACUUGCGGCUUUUGGGCCUACGGACGCUUCAAGCGUUGGUCAAG